AUGUCCAACAUUAAUGUUUCAGCAGCUAUUCUUAUUAUAGGGGAUGAAGUUUUAAAUGGUAAGAUAACAGAUACAAACUCGAGGUAUUUUGCCAAGUACUGCUAUAACUUGGGGAUUCCAUUGAGAGAAAUUUCAACCAUCGGGGAUGAUCUGAUACAAAUCGAAACUUCUAUUAAACGGUUGAGCUUAGAAAAUGAUCUGAUUGUUACCUCUGGAGGUAUUGGUAGCACACAUGAUGAUAUCACUUAUGAAUCUAUUUCAAAAGCUUUUAAUUUGCCUUGCUUAUUGAAUCAAGAAUGUGUUGCUAGAAUGGAAAGAAUCAACCAACCAACCAAAAGAUUUCAAGGUCAAGCCUUAAAGGACCAUUACAGGAUGGCAACUUUGCCAACAGGUGACAUUGUAAAAAAUUAUUACGUGGAUGAAAAAAUGUGGGUUCCAGUUUGUUCUAUUGACAAAAAGGUUUACAUAUUGCCUGGUAUCCCUCAAUUAUUUGAAAAAUUAUUGGAGUUGAUGAAGCCAAACUUUCAAAAAAUUUACCAGCUAAAAGAUGUUCAUUAUUUAAGAUAUUUUGUUAAGACUCCAUAUGGCGAAUCUUAUUUUGCUAGUUUUCUACGUGAAUUACAGGAAAAUGCAAAUAAAGUUUCUAAAAACAUCAAACUAGGUUCUUAUCCUCAUUUUGGUAUGGGUUUCAAUACCAUUAGUAUCUUGGGUAGUGAAAGUGAUAAAGCCGAAUUAGAAAAAAUCAAAAAAUUGGUCAUUGCAAAACUAAAGGGUGAAGAGGUUAGUUCUCAAGACGAAGAUAACUAUUCAAAUCAAAGAAAAGACAAGUUAUGA